AAUAACGUCAGUGUCCCUGUUCCUAUUAGAGUGCUUAAAAACAUGACAGACGUUUGCAAUUUCCUUUAAAUUUUUUUUUUGCCAGAGGAGAAUUUGGCCAUUGUAAAUGCAAACUUCAUUGCACCUUGCCCUGCAGAGAUGGACUGUUUGUAGGUAAGCUUUGUAAAGAUCUGCAGACUCUUACAUCAAUUUCAAAUCAUUUUUUAGCAGAUUGCAUUAGGUAUCUCCUGCUUCCUGAGCAUAAGCGUUUAUGAAGACAUGUAAGUGACUUGCUUCCUCUAAGUGGAAUUUCAUCCAUCACCAGCUGCUACUUACAGCUUUACUAUUAAGUCCGUUAGAGCACAACCACAGGCAGGGAGCUCUUCCCAAACAUGCUUUGCAGUGCUGGUGCUCCUGGAGCAAACACAGAUGCACUGCUGCAUCUUCCUUCCUGUGCUGAGAAACCACAUACACACACACACUCCCUCAGCAUUCUGGUAGAAAUUUACUCCUCAAGAGGCAAAGUGGCAGGACUUGCUGCCCUGCUUCUUGAGAGUCUGGCAUUGACAACAGAGGAUUUUAGUAAAAGAAAGUAAAUCAUUUUUCCAGCCAAACCUUACUGAAGUAUCCAUCGUAAAGGAUGGUUCUGGGUCCUGCUGAUCUUGAUUUACCUUUUGUUAUCAUCUGUCCCAGUCUUUCUGUGAACUGACACUAAAUGCAAACAUUUCUGUAGGUUUCCAUGCAAAUGUUUCAUUUUUGCUACUCUUCUCUAGAUGGUGUUUCUCCCACAUAUGUGUGAUGGGAGCUGACUGACCUGGUAGCACCUAAUAAUACACAUUAUGCUGUGUAACUCUUACAACAUAUCUUAAGUUCUCAUUUUUGCUCAAAGAUUUUUAGCUGUAUUUCUAGCACAAGAUGCAACUUCUCUGUGUUGUGCCCACAUCUCUAAACAGUUAUCCAACUCGAGGAAAAGAUAAAACAACAACCAAUUAUACCUUUAAAACUAUCAGCUUUUCUUUUGCAUUUCAGAAGAGUGAGUCCAGAAGACUUCAGUAAAAAUGUUUUUCUAUAUACUACUCUUUCUCAGCAUCAGCUCUCUGUGGUGGUACUGGAAGGCAAGAGAUGGGGGAAAGGUUGCAAACCUCACUGGCAAAUAUAUAUUCAUCACUGGAUGUGACACAGGAUUUGGAAAUAUGGCAGCAAAGACUUUUGAUAAAAAGGGAUUCCGUGUUCUAGCCAGCUGCCUGACUGAAACAGGAGCCAAGGAGCUACAAGCUGCAACUUCCAAUCAGCUUCAGACAGUGCUGCUGGAUGUGAGAGAUUCAAACAGCAUUAAGAAAGCAGCAGCGUGGAUCAAAGCUGAAGUCCAGUCAGAAGGUCUCUGGGGACUUGUUAAUAAUGCUGGAAUUAUGGGGCCAACUGCUCCUACAGACUGGUUGGAUAUUGAGCAUUUUAGAGAGCCAAUUGAAGUUAAUUUAAUUGGGCUCAUAAAUGUGACAAUAAAUAUGCUUCCCUUGAUAAAACAAGCAAAGGGAAGGAUAGUAAACAUAUCCAGUACUGGAGGUCGCCUAGCAUUCUGUGGUGGAGGCUACUGCCCUUCAAAGUUUGGGGUAGAAGGAUUUAAUGACAGCUUAAGGAGAGAUAUGAAAGCUUUUGGAGUUAAAGUUUCCUGCAUUCAACCUGGGCUGUUCAAAACACCAUUAACGGAUCUAGCAAAGAUUCGGAAAGAGAAGGAGAUUAUUUGGAAUCGGCUUUCCCCCCACACUAAAAAGCAAUAUGGAGAGGAGUAUUUUCAGAAAGAUGCAGCAAAGAAAGAAAAGCUCUCCAAGGCCUGCCUCAACACUGACAUUUCACUGGUUGUUGACUGCAUGGAGCAUGCCCUAACAAGCCUCCAUCCACGUGCCCAUUAUAUAGUUGGCCAGGAUGCUAAGUGGUUUUGGACUCCUCUUUCAAGAAUGCCAGCAGAUGUACAAGACUUCUUACUUCUGAGAAACAGAGAAAAGCCUGCAGUUUCUCAUAGAAAGUAAAUCUUUAUCAAUAUAUUCCCUGUUGCAUACAGGGCUGAUUCCACAUGACCUGUCCUUUAUUUUAACGUCGUACAAACCAAACCUGAAAUGCAUCCUCAUGUCCUAUAAAUGUAAGAAAUACAGCUACUUCUCCAAAAUUUGCUACUAUUAAAACAAAACAAAUAAAUAAAAACCACCCUUACUUCUUUCA